GUUUCCAACGUGCUGCUGACAAACUCUAUUUCAGUGAUUUCAGUGUUUUGAUAAUGGAAAUGCGGGACUUGAUCUGUAAAUAUGAAUCAAAAUCUCUUACUCUGCCUACCUUGCCAGUGGGAUACAUUCAAGUUAAAAGCUCGGUUGAAGAAUGGACAAGCGAUUCGAGCCAACAUUCCCAACAAAAUGUUUUGUUACCAUUCGCUGCUGAAUCAAAAUGUCAUUCAGUUCCCAUUAAGUCAUCCCGUUUACUCACCACAUCAUCGAAUCAGAAUGUGAAACCGGUCUACGAGUUAUUGUUUGAUGUCGAGCAAAUCAAGGAGUUUCUGUUCAAUCCUGGCGAUACCAUCGGCAUAUUGCCAAUAAACUCGGAUGACGAGGUUACUAUUGUAUUAGAAGCAGCCUCUUUGAGUGAAUUGUCCCAACUGAAAAUUGCUAUUGAACUUGCUGCUGGUAGCAAGAAAAAAUUACCAAAUCAUCUACCUCAAGAAACGUCAAUCAGAAAGUGUCUACUCGAAUGCCUGGACCUGCACGCCAUACCGAAAAAAUUAUUUCUACGAAGUUUAAUCGAACAUUUAGUGGACGAUGAGGAAAGGCGCGUUCUCGCAAUUCUAUGUUCAAAAGAAGGCGCUACGGAUUAUUCGGAACGGAUUCUAACAGCUGGAGUCGGAUUUUUUGACAUUUUACAGAUGUUCAAAUCAUGGAAUCAAAUUCCAUUUCAACUACUGUUGGAGCAUCUACCUCGUUUACUACCUAGGCCAUACUCAAUUGCAAACAGUCCACUGCAGAAUCAAAAUAUUUUAAAAAUUUGGUUUUCAUUAGCUGAACCCCCGGGAGUUACAACAAAGAUGCUGCAUGAUAUGAUCAAAAGAGCUAACAGUGGUGUAACUACCAUGGUUCCAAUAUAUUUGAGACAAAGCAAUGCAUUCAGUUACACACUGAAUGAGAUGACCGAUCCAGUGAUUUUCGUAGCGGCUGGCGUUGGUGUGUCUCCGUUUCUGGGCUUUUUAGAACAUCGAGAACAAGUGCAGAAAUCGGAUAAAGAAGUUCGCUUAGCCAAUGCGACAAUGUUUUACGGCUGUCGACAAGAAAGCGAAAGUCUGUGCAAAGACAUAUUCCGCCACCACUUACAAGCUGGAUCGUUGAGUGAUUUGAAAGAAGCGUUCUCUAGAGAUGUCAAUUCGCAACAUAAAUACGUGCAAGACCAAAUCCAAUCGAACGCAAAUAUGUUCGCGGAAGUGUUGAUCAGAGGCAAAGGUCGGAUUUAUGUCUGCGGGAGUGCUAACAUGGUACAAGAUGUAAGAAAAUCAAUUCAAAAUUGUUUGGCUGAGCACCUGGACGAUUCUACGACUAGCGAUACAAUUGAAUCUAUUCAGAAAUUGAUCAGAGAUAAACGAUACGUCGAAGAUACGUGGAUCUAGGUGAUUGAAAUCUGGUUGGACAAAUAAAAGUUUCAAAUUUUUG